AUGAGGAGGAACUUCUUUCUGUUGCGGGUGUCAGAGCACUGGAACAGGCUGCCCAGGGGGGUUUUGGAGUUUCCCUUUCUGGAGACGUUCCGAAUCCACCUGGGUCUCCAGGAGGCAAAGACAGACAUCUCAAUGGCUACCAAGGAUGAAGUCCAUCACGUCCGUCAGUCCCCUGGGGUCUCAGAAGGUGAGAUAAAAGCCACCCGUAAAAGAAGAGAAAAAGUACUGAUGUGUCUGGAAAAACUUGGGAUUCAUUGUGAGAAGAAUAAUGUGCCUACUAUUGUUGUUCUGGGAUCAGGCGGGGGCCUGCGUGCCAUGAUAGCCCUCCUAGGAACCUUGGUGGAGCUGAAGAAGCAAAAUUUCUUGGAUGCUGUCACGUAUCUGUGUGGGGUGUCGGGAUCCACUUGGUGUAUGUCCCUCCUGUAUGGGAAUGGGAAGUGGUCAGAAAAACUGAUGUCCCUAGAAAAGGAACUGUAUGAAAGCCUCAGUAAUUCCUCCUGGCAUAUUGCAAAAGCAGAAGAGUCCUUAGAGGAGUCAUCAAAUGAUGAAAACUACUCACUGACCGACUUCUGGGCUGCCUGUUUUGUAUACCAAAUACUGCAGCAGUUUGAUGAGAACGAGCUGGCUGAUCACAAGGAGGCCUCAGAGACUGGAAUAAAUCCAUACCCAAUUUAUGCAGCAGUGGACAAAGAAAAACUGAGUGAAAAAGGUGGAAAUUUUCCAGGGACCUGGUUUGAAUUCACUCCCCAUGAGGCUGGAUAUACUGCCUUGGGUGCUUUUGUGAGUACCAGAUACUUUGGAAGUGAAUUUGAGAAGGGGAAGCUGAAGAAAAAGAAGAAGAAACACAUUUGUUAUAUGCAAGGCUUAUGGGGGAGUGCUCUUGGAAGCAUGGAAGAAAAUAUCAAGUUCAUACGAGCUAACAUUAAGCCCUCUUACCUGGUCGAAAACAAAACCAUAUCUUUGAUUGAUGCUGGUCUGGCGAUAAAUUCUGCCUAUCCUCUGGUACUUCAAGCACAGCGACAAGCAGAUCUGAUCAUCUCCUUUGAUUUCAGCUCCGGAGAUCCUUUUGAGACUAUCAAGAAAACGGCUUCAUACUGCUGGGAAAACAAUAUCCCAUUUCCCAAGAUAGAGGAUCAGAAAAUGGAUGAGAACAACCCUUCUGAUUGCUAUAUCUUCCGAGGAGACAAGUCAUGCCCCACAGUCAUGCACUUUCCACUCUUCAACAACGCGAAUUGUUCUGGUAAAGUGGAAGAUUACAGAGAACAGUUUUCCACCUUUCAAAUGUCCUUUCCAGGGGAAGCCAUCAAAGAUCUUCUUAAAAAAGCAGGGUUGAAUGUAUCCAACAAUAGGGAUUUUGUGUUUGAUUAUGAAGCAAUUAUCUAUAAGAACAUCUUGAUUUAA